CAUAUAAAUGCUUUCUCGGAAAGGAAAUGGAUCAUUUAUAUUAAAGAAAAACAGAUACAAACUACAUCUAACAUUAAAUCGGGAAUAAAUUUAAACAAUGAACCUGAUUCGUUUAUUUGCUGGAUUUUUUCUCGUAACGAUAUUCGUGAUUGGAAAGGCCGUCUGUUCUAGUUCGAAUACAAUGAAUAAGUCCAAACAUCCCAAUAUAAAAACUUUGGGCUAUUCUGAAUUUAAGGAAACUAUCAUUCGGCCUGCAGUAAAGAAGACAGAACAAUUUGAACUAACUCAUCAUAAUGUAGCUGCUGAUCCGACCAUGGCACUUAAGCGCGUCAUUCAAAAAUAUGAUAAGCCCUUCGAUAAUAGAACGACAGAUCAUCAUUACAGAUCAAUAAACGCGCGAAAAAAAAAAAAAUCCCCUGCAUUUGAUAAUUCAAAUAGUAACAAUUUUCAUACUUUUGAGGAAAUACAUGAACAUAUCGAUGAAACAUACGACAGCGGUUCCCAGUACCAAGCAUCUGAACCAUUAGGAUCUGAAACUUUACCAAACAAAAAUCUGGAAAAUAUAAAAAACAAAAAAAAUCGAAACCGUAUAAAAACUAAAAUAAAACAUCACCAUCAUCAUCAUCAUCAUAACCAUAUUAAAGAGCUUAUAAAAACAGUACCACAACCAUAUUCGGUUGAAAAAGUUGUGCAUGUACCAAUUGAAAAAGUGGUAGAAAAAGUUGUGCAUGUUCCUAAAAUUAUAAAUGUUACUAUAGAGAAAAUUGUACACGUUCCAAUAGAAAAAAUAGUUGAAAAGGUGAUUCAUAUCCCAAAACCAUAUGUUGUUGAAAAAAUAGUUGAAAAAAUAGUUCAUGUUCCCAAACCAUAUCCUGUUCUUAGAACUGUUCCAUAUCCAAUUGAAAUUAAAGUUCCAAUGACAGUUGAAAAAAAAGUACCGUUUCCAAUCAAGGUUGAGGUUGAACGAAAAAUUCCCAUUUAUAUUCAUACAAAAGAGCCAUAUAAAUUUGAGAAAUCAAAUAUUGAACACUAUAAUCAAGUCGACCAGUCGAAAUUCACUUUCGAAGGGGAUCAUCUGGGGAUUAAAGAACAUGAACAAUCUACGCUACCGACAAAUAUACACCAGCAUAGGAUAUAUAAAUUAAAAGAUAUAAACCUCCCUAAUAAAGUAGACGACCCUCCAUAUACUUUUCAACCGGAGCAUAAUAAACAUUUGAAGGAGAGCCCUAGUCAACAAUAUACAUCUGCAAGCGUUAAUAUUCCGCGAAAAUUCUUAAGAAGCAAUUUAAUGGAUAAGAACAUUGACGGCCAAGACGACCAGUCGAAAUUCAAUUUAGAAAGUGAUAAUCUGAGGACUAAAGAGCACGAUCGAUCUGCCUUACAUGCAAAUCACCCUGACAAUAAGAUAUUUAAAUUGAAAGAAUUCAACUUUCCCAAUAAAAUAGACUUUCAAAAUACUUUUCAGCCGGAGUAUACAAAUUUCGAUUUAACAAAGAGCGCGAAUCAACAAUAUACAUCUGCAAGCGAUAAUAUUCCCAUAAAAUUCUUAAGUGACAAUUUUCAGCCAGAUACAACAAAAUCUGAAUUAAACCCUAAUGGCAUAGGUUUACCCUUUAUUAAUAGCACCCUUCUUUUUUUCAAUCCACAAGAAUCUACCUAUCCCCUUCAUGGCAUCCCUUUUUCGCUACCAGUUAAUUUUGUUCACCUGCAACCAACGACCCAGCAAAAUCAGCUAGGCUUGGACUCAACAAUACCAGAAACAAGCGCAGAGUCAUCAAGGACUUAAGAUUUUUGCUCCGCAAUUCUAUUCUACCUAACACAAUUCGUAACUGUUUAAUGACUAGUAAUAGAGACACCGUUAAUCGAUAAAGAAAAAAUAGUAAUUUAGUAAAACAACGAAGUUUGUAAUUUAAAGUAACCGUGGGUACAGAACCGAUCGGAAAUAAAAUUGGGUUGUACAUCA